AUGGAGGCUCUCUCUGGCAUCGCCAGCGGCAUGGCCGUCGUGUCGCUAGCGAUACAGCUCGUCGGCACUGUCUCAACGAUCAAGACCUUCAUUCGUAACGUUAAAGACUCUCGAAAAGAGUUAGAGAGGUUGAUAGAUUUACUAGAGCGCCUCGAGGGUUUACUAGAAGACAUACGCGAUCUACUGGAGCGACAGUCAUCAAUGGGACAUUACCUUCCGAUGCCCUCGAUGACGAUCUUCAGGAACCUGCAAAGUUGUGAAAAGACUCUGCAGACAUUGAAUGAACUGGUCGAGAAGCUUGGGACCUCAAUGUCACUGGCUGGCACUGCCUCAACUAGGCUUAAGAGUGGACUGAAAAUCGGUAUGAAAACGAAGGGCAUUGCGGACAUGGAAGUGCGUAUCGACCGCGAGAUCAACUAUCUCCAUAUUUGCCUCGGAGCCAAUCUCAGUGCUAUCUCAAAUAAGGGGCCAUGCGAAGAAGUAGCCCUUUGGGAGGACGACGAGACCUCUCUUCUCUGGAGUAUGUUGGGCUAUGGAUUUACGUGGACUCAACAUCGAUCAUACGGCAAACUCCUUCCGAGCCUUAGUGUAUUUCCGGUGGUCAGUAGUUACGCCAAUGAACUAGAUAGUGUACUCGAAUUUGACGACUUGAGAAGUUUCCAGCAACUGAUCAGUUCUGGGACUGUCCACCCGUUCCAGCGGGAUGAACAUGGGUGGUCCUUACUCCAUGCUUAUGGUGUGAAAUCAGAUACCACGUAUAGUGGCACUACCGAACUAUACCUUGCUAUUCGUCCAAUUCACACACUGGGAUGUGAGGAUCAAAUUGCGACAUUUCGUUGUUUUCUUAAUGACGACGAACCCUUCAUUGAAAAUUUCGGCCAUGAUAGUUGGGUUUACCUGGCCUACCAGGUUGAAGACGAUACUCUCGAGUGGCUUGUUCAACAAAUCGGGAGACUGCUUCCCCUAGAGGAGUCGAUCAAUAUCCGUCAAUCUGUUACCCGAGGAAGAUGGCGGCAACUAAGCUCCAAGUUUGAAAAAGACCCGUUAAUGAAACAUCCUAAACUACUCUUGACGAAAAACUUCCUCAGACACGUCAAACUGGACCAGUUCCCGAUACUUGAAGAUCUCUUCAGCGGAUGUUGCAACGUCCCUGAUAGUUACAUCGUUGGGGCCGUAUUCAUAGAGUGGCUCAAAGCAUCAGAUGUGAACGUUGAAGAAUACAUGAAGCUAUUUCUAAAAGAUGCUGAGAUUGGGACAGUCGAGGACAAAGAUCGAGACAUUGUAUUUGAAACUUACGGCGAAGGAGACUGGCGUCUUGGUUUCAAAUGGGUCUUCGAUCCUGAAGCAUCUGGUUAUCAUCUCGUCUCCGAGCAUCAGGCAUUGGGAUGUUGCAGAAGAAGUCUUCGUCUCACAUAUCCAGGCGAUGAAGUAUACAAGUAUAAUUGGCCUUUUAUCGGAGAACUAUGUGACGAAGCGGAAUUAGUUAAUAUGGAAGCCAGAUUCGCUCGCCGCAUCGCCAACAAAGCCCGCAAAAAACGCGCGAGAAGUGGGCAAAAAGUUACACGGAGCAAGAUGCCAGGGACUUGGACGAUCUUACUACAAGAAGCUGUGGAACUGCCGCACUGUGGUCGGGCUGAGGCUGAGGCUGAGGCGAAGAGAAAUCGUAUCGGCGAGUAUGAGAGCCGGAUCAAACUCCUAGAGUCACUGCUGAAUGAGCGAAAUGCGAAACAACCGGAGCUCCAUAAACAACCAGUCUGGCAUGAGACAGAACCCACCGUCCCACUUUCAAGUUGGGUGGAUUCCUUACGGGAUGAAGUAAAUUUUGGGUCUCGGCCGGAGUUUCCGGAUCUUAAUCCCUUUGAUCUGGAUCCCGUCGUAGGCGGUAACGAUGAUGCUAUCACGGAGGACAUUGCUGAACUCUCUGUGAUGGAAACGGGCCAAAACAACCUUACAACCGAUUCUUCGUCCCAGAUUUCCACAGAGGAUAUGCAGCCAUCGGAAGAAUUCCAGGAAGACGCUGCCUUCUUACAGAGUGCGGAAUUUGAGCCAGGAAUUGCUAGUCAGACGCCACCGCCAAUGCCUCCACAUGUCAUCGCCGACCACCUUCGGGUUUGCUAUGCGGGACUUUCCGACGGCUCGGUGGUUGCUUGGACAAACGCAUAUGUGGUCUUUGGUAUAGCACAUAAUCUUCGCGCUAUGAGCACGACUGGAACAAUUCAUGACAUGGAAAUGGCCCAGUAUUACUUCGCACGGGUUUACACGGCGCUGAACCGGCUUCUCACAGCACCAUCAUCUCUGGGACAAGUACAGUGUCUGAUUGGAGUCGAGCUGCUCAUCAUGGGUAGCCCGUGCAGCUACAAUAAGUCUGAAGGGCACUUCAUUUCUACCGCACUCCGCAUUGCCCGGAGCCUUGUCUAUCAUCAUGAUACGACUGGACCUGCAGUUGUACCUGAUGACACCGCGCAACUUCGUCGUGUUUUCUGGAUUGCCUUCAUCAACGACUCAAACUUGAGCAUCAUAAACAACACGCCCAGAACGUUCCGACUCGAGGAUGUCGCUGAGUCUGCCGAACUCAUAGCGAAUGAACUCGGCACAGUCACUGCAGCUGAAGGUGACUGGCAAGUGCAUAUAUUCUUUCUCUCCACAAGACUUGCUUUGCUACAGACAGAAGCCAUCGACCAGGUUCUCUCACUAAGAACGCGCAAUACGGACCCGUUGGAACUUGCUGCAGCCGCCACAAUCGUUCUUGCGCGUUUACAAGCUUUUCACCAGCAACACCAAGUGUUUCAGCGUGAUGCAAACGAGUUGUUCCAAUUACUUUACCAAUCGGAUGUUGUACACUGCGUUGUGCUUGAGUCCAAGUACUUUGCAACAGUCUAUCGACUACAUGCUUUCAUGGCACUGGAUAUGAACGCAAAGAUCAAUCCGUUUGAGCUGGAGGGCUUGAGCAUGAUGUCGAGAUUAAAACAUCAGAGUGUUGUCCGAGAGGCUAAGAGGUUGUUGAGUCUACUGUCAGUCGCUCCACGAGGUAAUAUCGCUUUAUAUUGGAUGAUUCAUCCCAUACUCGCUGCAGCGCUCGUCACGGUUUUCGCACAUCAUAUAAAUAAUCCGAAAAAUGAGGCUCUUACAUCUACGGAGAUGCUUGUCUACAAACAGGUACUGAUCAAUUUUGAUGUCAUGCUCCAAGCUGGUGUCAAUCCCGAUUUGGAACAAAAUAAGGGGCUAUACUUGGGCAUGUUUACCAGAGUGGAAGAGGAGAUCCGUAUGCGAUGA